GUAAUGUGUUCUGACAGUGAAGAGACUUCAAUGCUGCCAGAAUACACUGAUCAUCUGCCCAUACAUGGAUCGGAAAUUCAACCGGUCAUCUCCUGUACUAUGUCUGCAGUCUCUGGUCAUCCCCUGUACUAUGUCUGCAGUCUCUGGUCAUCUCCUGUACCGUGUCCGCAGUUUCUAGUCAUCCCCUGUACUGUGUCCGCAGUCUCUGGUCAUCUCCUGUACUGUGUCCGCAGUCUCUGGUCAUCUCCUGUACUAUGUCUGCAGUCUCUGGUCAUCCCUGUACUGUGUCCACAGUCUCUGGUCAUCCCUGUACUGUGUCCGCAGUCUCUGGUCAUCUCCUGUACUGUGUCCGCAGUCUCUGGUCAUCUCCUGUACUGUGUCCGCAGUCUCUGGUCAUCUCCUGUACUGUGUCUGCAGUCUCUGGUCAUCCCUGUACUAUGUACGCAGUCUCUGGUCAUCCCUGUACUGUGUCCGCAG